AUGGUAUCAUCUUCGAUGAUUAACGGUGAUAUACCACUUGCAAAAAAUGCAUGUGUUAUUAGGCCGAAAGUUAAUGUAAAUCUACAUAUAUCCUUAAAAAAUAGAAAGAAUGCAAAGAACGGUGCCGCAAAUGUUUCUCAUAAUUUACAAAGACAUGUUGAAAAGCGUAUUAACGAAAGAUCGCUGUAUUAUGCUGCUAAGGAAAAAUACUAUAGAAACAAAGGAAAGAAAUAUGAUAAACUUCGUCAAAGUGUUGAAUGUGGGGAAUCCCAUAUAUUGAAAGAAUAUUAUCAUUCACGUAAUCGAGUUAAAAGAUGCUCAAGAAAGCAUAAGAAGCAUAAUUAUGAAAAAUGUUCCGUGUGUAAAAGUCUUGUACAACGAUAUCUUGUAUUAGGGGAAAAUGCCAAUGAAAUUGUUGAAAAAAUUAAUGAAAAGACAAAUGACAGUAUGUGCAAUUCGAUUUGUAACGCAGAUCGAAAUUCCAAAAUGAACGAAUUGAUCAAAGGAGAAGUCGAAGAAAACUAUAGUACAACUAAACGGAUUACACCGGCGGCACCAGUUCGAAAAUUUGAUAUUGCUGAAAAUAUUAAAAAUGAUGAUGUCACUAGAUUGUCAAAAAAUGAGUCAAAUUUGGAUAUUAACAAUGAAAAAGAUUUGAAUUCUUAUAAUUUGUCAAACAUGAAACAUAUUGUACUUUCACAUGAUAAGAAAUUAGGGGACACUUAUAUUAUAUCGAACAAAGAUAUACCUGAUUUAGAAAAUAGAGUAGAACAAAAAGACAAUAGUUAUCAAUUGGUUAAGUGCGAGAAUCAAUCUAAUGACAUAUCAACAAAGGAAUACAUGUACACAAUUUUUGCUGACCUCAAUGUUUCUGAAAUGAUAGAUUUGAUGAAUGGAAAAUCAUCGAAUAUCACACCUGUUAAGGAAGAACAAUCACAACUCAAUAUUGCUUUAGAUGAAAUAGAAAAAAAAAUUAGUAUAAAAAAGUUGGCUGAUCAAUCACUUAAUUCAGAAAAUUGCAUAGUAGAUGAUAAGAAAUCUGUGAAAUUAGAAAAAAAAAGAAAGUUGAAGAAAAAAGCUUCAAAUUUGGUUAAGCUUUCUGAAGAAGGUGAUGUUGAUAAUGAAUCAAAUUGCUCAAGUAAAAGUUCUGGUAGUUCAUCACGUUGUUUUAAAAGAGGAAAAACUAUAUUAAAAAAGAAAUCGUCGUCGAGUUGUUAUAAUAGUGAUAAGUUUACUCAGGUUGAAAAAAAAGAACUGAAGGAAAAGAAAUCCUAUAAAAAUAAGCAUGCCUCAAAUGAAUUAAUUGGUUCAAAAAAUCACCAGUUUACCAAAAAGACAUUUGUUUCUAGAAAUCUUCAAAUUGCUAAAGAAAUUUAUAAUAAAGAUGAAACUUUAAAAAACAAUAAGGCUAUGAAAAAUAAUAUUAAUAGUAAUUCUGAAACAAUAACAUCAUAUGAGAAGGUUGAGAAUGGAAAAGAUGUAUGUGACUCAUUUAAGUUAUCUAAUCAAUCAACAGCAUUAGGAAGUAGUACGGUAUUAGGAAAAUAUAUCCCUUUGGAAAUAUAUCAAAAAGAAAAAUAUUGUUGCAAACAGUUAGAGAGAGAAGUUGCUAGAGAGGAUGAAAUUGUUAUUGAGGAUGAAAUUAUUAGUGAAAAUGUAAUUGUUAUUGAGGAUGAUAUUAUUAGUGAGAAUGUAAUUGUUAUUGAGGAUGAUAUUAUUAGUGAGAAUGAAGUUACUAACGAAGAUGAAAUUACUAGUGAAAAUGAAAUUGUUAGUGAGAAUGAAGUUGCUAGUGAAAAUGAAAUUGUUAGUGAAAAUGAAAUUGUUAGUGAGAAUGAAGUUGCUAGUGAAAAUGAAGUUGCUAGUGAAAAUGAAGUUGCUAGCGAAAAUGAAAUUGUUAGUGAAAAUGAAGUUGCUAGUGAAAAUGAAAUUGUUAAUGAGAAUGAAAAUGUUAGCGAAGAUGAAAUUGUUAGUGAGAAUGAAAUUGUUAGUGAAAAUGAAGUUGCUAGUGAAAAUGAAAUUGUUAAUGAGAAUGAAAUUACUAGUGAAAAUGAUUGCAGUGAUAAAUCUGACUUAGGACACCAUUAUAACGAUGAGAAAUUAUUUUAUGAAAGCUAUAAAUUAAAAGAUAGUGAUGCAAAGAAAAUCGAUGAUGAACAACCAGAGGGAGAAACACCUAUAAAAAUGGGUAAGAGCGACAAAAUUAAAGAAACCAAUCAUUCUAAUACAAAGAAAGCUCAUGUCAAUAAUUUAACACAAGAAGAACACCGUAGAUUACUUGAAUAUUAUGACGGAAAAUUGCCAUCAACAUUUUAUAACGAGGAAAAUUUUGAAAACCCAUUUAAAGCAAACGACGAAGGUUCAGAAGAACCAGAUUACUCAAAUUUAUUUUUGGGCUCUUUUGACAUUAAUAAGAAAGAUGAAACUGAAGAAAAUUCAGCUAUAGAGUCAAACAAUAACAAAUUUACUAGUUCCUUUUUUCCAUCAAGUUUUUUUAAUUCAGAUGAACCUAUUAUUGCUAAUGAAAUAUUUGGAUUACCCAAUACUGAGAAUAAUGAUGUAGAUACACCUGUAAAAUUUAAGAAUUCAUUUGAAACUACAAAAGAUAAUUUAAAUACAAAGAAAGAUAAUAAUAAUGCAGUAGAAAAAAAAGAUAGACAAAUUAUUAAAGAAGAAAAAAAUAAUUCACGUAAAAGAAGUAAAAAUAUUCGAUUUGAAUCAUCACCACAAAGUAAUAAGAAAUUUAAAUACUCCAAUAAUUAUAUGAACAUUAAUAAUGUAGUAGAAAAAAACGAUGAUCAAGAUACUCAAUAUGAAGAAGAAAAAAGACAAAAUUUACUUAAAAACACACGUGCUAAAUCAUAUAGUUCAAUAAUUAAAAAAAACUGCAAGCUUAUGUCUUAUGGACAAAAUAAGGAUUACGAUAGUAUGCCAAAAACAAGUAUUAAAAAAAAGGUUAGAUUUCAAAAAGAAGUGACAAUAAUACCUAACUUACCCCUCAAAAAAAAUAAUAUCGAUUUUCCUAAUUUAAUUAAUGAAAACAAUAAUAUGCUUAUUUCUUAUGAACAAAAUAGAAAUAUUAAUAAUGUAAUAGAAAGACAGGGUAAUCAAAAUGUUUCAAUUAAAAAAGAAAUAAAAAUUAAUCCAUCGAAAUUGGAUAAUGUGAAUAAUAAUAUUAUGAAUUUAAAUAUUGUAACUAAGAAUAAUGCCAAAAAUAAAUAUAUGAAUUCGGUUAAUGAUACGUGCCAAAAUAGAGAAAUAUGUACUCCUAUCCAUAUGACCCAUAAAAAUAAUAACGAAAUAUUCAAAAGUAGAGAAACAGAAAGCCUUAGUAAAUCGUUACAAAAAAGAGACAUGUAUAUAAAGCAAGGGUUGUAUAAAGAUAUCGGAAUGGAUCUUAUUAAUGUAGUACAUAAACUUAGAGAAGAAAAAGCCAUUAGUGAACAACAUGAAGAGAAAAAAAUUGAACCCACUAAUGAAUUAUCCAAAAAUACAGGGAUUGAUUCGAAUGAUGAAGCUUCAAUAACAACAGAAUUUAAAACUGUUGAUGAAAUACUUGCAGAGAACGAACGUCGAAUUCUUAAUUAUUAUGCAAUGUUAGACAAAGCUGAAGCCAUUAAGAAAGAACAAGAAAUUAAAAAUAAUACUAAUGAAAAUUUAAUAAAGAAAGAAAAAGAAAUUAAAAAUAGUGCUGAUAAAAUUUUAAUAAAGAAAGAACAAGAAAUUAAAAAUAGUGCUGAUAAAAUUUUAAUAAAGAAAGAACAAGAAAUUAAAAAUAGUGCUGAUAAAAUUUUAAUAAAGAAAGAAAAAGAAAUCAACAAUAGCACUAAUGAAAUUUUAAUAAAGAAAGAAAAAGAAAUUAAAAAUAGUAUUGAUAAAAAUUUAAUAAAGAAAGAAAAAGAAGAACCUAUUGUAGUUAAUAAUAAUAAUUUAAGCCCUUUAAAUUCAAGAAAACGAGCACUUAGUGAGAAACCUACGCCACCAAAAAAAUAUACAAAGAAAAUACUGAAAAGAAAUGUAAAUAAGAGUGCCUCAUGUUCACCAUCUCAAAGCCGCCAUUCUUUAUCUGAUAAUAAAAAUAUAUAUGCCAAAAAUGACAUGAAAGACAUAAAAACGCUAGAAAAAUCCAACAAUGUAAACGACCAUAACGAAAAUAGUCAUUAUAGCGAAGGUGGUGCUACAGAUUCGUCUGCCGCAGCACAGUCGUCAGUAGAUAAAAUGUAUGAAAGAUACCUUAAAUAUGCUGGUACCAAACGAGAUUGGGAAAAUAGAUUUGUAGAGGGUAAAUCAAAUCCAUUUAGUAAUGGCCAACCGUACCAUAACGAUAUAUUAGAAAAGCAUACUUCCUGUUUAAUAUCGGAACGAACACAAAGACAUUUAGAAAAACGAUCGUAUGAAUUUCAAAAACAAAAAGAAAGAGAAAGAAUGAAUCGGAAUUCGACAAGACCCGUAGUAGAAGCUCCUAAAGUUAAAGAGUAUAAUUGUAAAGUACUUACAGAAUAUUGGGAUUGGGAUAAUGAACAAACUAAAGAAUUUUGGAGUUGGGAUAAGAAAGAUAAUUUAAAUUUUUGGAACAUGGAUUAUGACAAUGCUAAAAAAUUUUGGAUGUGGGAAAAAGAAAAGCAAGAAACAUGCAAAAAUAUAUCAAAUAACACAAUGAAUUUAGAAAAUGAAGAUAUAUUAAAUAUUAUAAAAGAAAUUAUAGAAUCUCGAAAUAUCAACAUCCCAACUACAAAUACCCAAAAUCUCGAAAAAAAUAUAGACAUAUCAACAAGUACCCCAAUUCUAGAAAAAAAUUAUAUGCCACAAAAAAAUAUUCCCAAAACACCAAAAAAUACUCCAACACCACCAAAAAAUAUUCAAACAACACCAAAAAAUACUCCAACAUCAAAAAAAAAUACUCCAACACCAACAAAAAAUACUUCAACACCAACAAAAAAAUAUUCAAACAAUAUCAGAAAAUAA